AUGUCAAAGAGUGUGUUAAUAACAGGUGCUAACAGUUAUGCUGGAAUUUAUGCUAUCAUUAAGUUUGUUAAUGAAGGUUACCAAGUACGUACUACUAUGAGAGAUUCCUCAAAAUUCGAAGAAACAAGAACUAUGGUAAAAAAGACAGGUGAAUUAACUGAUCAACAAGCCUCGGCGAUUGAAUUCAUGGAAGGUGAUUUGGGAAGUGAAGACGGUUGGGAUAAAGCAGUUGAAGGAAUCGACUAUGUGGUCCAUGUAGCUUAUCCUUUCAUUAACGGUGUUCCUUUAGAAAAACUUUACAAACCAGCAGUUGAAGGAUCCCUUCAUUUGUUGAAUUUGAGUAUUCAAUCACCCACUGUCAAACAUUUUGUUUUCUGUUCAAGUUUUGCUACUGUUGGGUUCAACGACGAAUGGGAGGAUGGACCAGAACAUGUUAUCACUGAAGAAGAUUGGACUAAGUUGGACAGUCCUAUGACUGAUGGGUACAUGCAAAGUAAAAUCAUUUGUGAAAAGAAAAUGUUUGAAUUGGUCAGAAGUGACGAAAACUUGAAAUCUCCAUAUCCAAUCACUUUCAAUGCCAUCAAUCCAUAUGGAAUUGUUGGUCCAGUUCCUGUUGGGUUUGACAGAUUGAAUGGUCUUUCUGCUAUUUUGAAGUCAGCUCUUUCAGGAGAAGCUGAAGCUAUCUUGGAUCUUUAUUUCAAUACUACUGACGUGAGGGAUCUUGCUGCCAGUUUCGUCAAAGCCAUUGAAGAUCCCAAAACUUACGAUCAAAGAUUCCUCUUGGUUCAUCCAGAAGAAGUUAACAUGCCCUACGUUAUUGAUUUAUAUAAAAAGACUUUCCCCAAACAUUUGACAGACAAGUAUCCAAGUAAAUAUACUGAUGUUUGGUUCGGUUCCAGAAAUGUCAGUAUCGACAAGGCCACUAAAUUGCUAGAUUAUAAACCAGUUCCCAACGAUGAGACAUUGAUUGCCUUGGGUAAAGGUUUGUAUGACUUACUUGGUUAUAAGUAUUAA